AUGGACCACCUGCCACUGCAGGCGAUCGGCCGAAUCUCCAACUGGGCCAGCGACCUCUUCUUCCCGGAGGGACGGGAGGGGUCACGGCCAGGGAGUCAAGAGAGGCGAAGCCAUGAAACAUUGGCGGCUCGCAUUUCUCAGGCUGGACGGCAGGUUCUAGAGGCCGACCGAUCCAGUGAGGGCUGGACUUUUGUUGCUCCAUCCCCUGCACCGUUGCUGUCUCGCGAGGCCGCGGCCAGGACUCCUCAGACCCUGCCAGCCAUAUCCGUGGCAGCCAAGAAGGCAAAAAGCAGAAAACGCCAGGCUUGGAACUUUGAAGACGACCACUAUGGCCAUGGCGGCCAUGGCGGCCAUGGCGGCGGCGGUCAUGGCGGCCAUGGUCUCACAGCAGCGAGCGCCAAGACGGACCUACCGAAUGACGGGCACGGGCAGGACAUGUCCUUGCUGAGCGUCCUGCAGAAACGGCACCAGACCCUACCCUCCGCAGAGAUUGGAGGGGCGCCUGAGCCAGGAGAGGUCAAGUCACCUCGUCGGUUUCAAGGUCGCCGAAGCCUCACGGCAGGACCUGCACGGCUCAGUGGGGGACGAACAGUUCCCAAGAUGAACGUGAAACAGUUUCUUGAACUCUUGGAGGCUCAGGAGAAACGGCCCAAUUCUUCAGGUCGGCCAGACGGAGAUCCAAAACGGCAGGAAUACGUCUUCCUCGAGAAUCUGGUGCCGCCCGGUGCCCAUGUCUCGGUGGCCAAGAUGCGAGGAGCCGAUGAGAAGGAAAUUGUCCUCAAAACUAUCCGGAAAGGUUGGUUUGUUACCUCAGAAGAUGAGGAACAGUGGUUCAUUUGCAACCGCCAGUUGCAAAGCUUGGACGCCCCAAGUUUGUGUCAAGUCUUGGGGCUGUGGAAGGAGGAUGAUAGCUAUCAGCUGGUUAUGGAGCUUGUCCCAGGGAUGGACCUUUUUACCAUGCUGAAAGCUGAAGGAGCUUUCCCCCCAGACACAGCGCGCCAAAUCACGAAAGACAUCCUUGAAGCUUUGGCCGUGCUUCAUGGGCAGCAGUUGAUUCAUCGCGACAUCAAACUGCAGAACAUCAUGGCGCAGCGAUGCCCGCUCUCGGGUGAGAUCAAGGUGAAAAUCAUUAACUACGAUAUGCUGUGGCCGAUGUGCGGCGCGAAGGCUACCUCUCGCUUUGUGGUUGGAUCAGACCAGUACAUCGCGCCAGAGGCGUACGAUGCCCACUACUCCGUCGCUUCAGAUCUUUUUGCCGUUGGGGUGGUCUGCUUCGCGCUGUGUUUCGGCCGCUUUCCGUUUUCGUCCAAGGUCUUUGACGCUAAGGACGAUGAGCCCGGACAAAACCUGGUGGGCUCACGCAAGAUGAAAGAGAUCGGCCAGCGGCUACGCAAUGCCACCAUCAAGUGGCCCGACGGGCCCAAAGAGGAUCAGGCGGCAGACUUUUGCCGCUGGCUUUUAGACAUGAACCCGAAGAACCGGCCCAGCGAUGCCGCAGGCUGGUGCAAUUAUUCCAUACCUGUCCUUGCUUUGCGGCCACACGCGCUUUACGGUUCCAGCGUCUGGCACAGUAGUCCUUGUACAGGAGAUGCUGCAACCGAUAUUCUUCGGUAA